UGAAGAGGAGUAAAGGGCAGGGCUGAGCUCGCAGACUUCCGGGUGUCCGAAGACAGCGGCGGCGGCGGAGCUAAGAGCAGGGCGGAUUCACCGAGUCUGUACAAACAUGGACAGUCAAGGCAGGAAAGUGGUGGUGUGUGACAACGGGACCGGGUUUGUGAAGUGUGGAUAUGCCGGCUCUAAUUUCCCGGAGCACAUUUUCCCGGCUCUGGUGGGAAGACCGAUCAUCCGCUCCACAGCCAAAGUGGGAAACAUCGAGAUCAAGGACCUAAUGGUGGGUGACGAGGCGAGCGAGCUGCGCUCCAUGCUGGAGGUGAACUACCCGAUGGAGAACGGGAUCGUGAGGAACUGGGACGAUAUGAAGCACCUGUGGGAUUACACUUUCGGCCCCGAGAAGCUCAACAUCGACUCCCAGAACUGCAAGAUCCUGCUCACGGAGCCGCCCAUGAACCCCACCAAGAACCGAGAGAAGAUCAUCGAGGUGAUGUUUGAGACCUAUCAGUUCUCAGGCGUUUAUAUUGCCAUCCAGGCCGUGCUCACUCUUUACGCUCAAGGUCUGCUGACGGGUGUGGUGGUGGACUCUGGUGACGGUGUCACUCAUAUCUGUCCAGUGUACGAAGGCUUCUCUCUUCCUCAUCUCACACGUCGCCUGGACAUCGCUGGACGAGACAUCACACGCUACCUCAUCAAGCUGUUGUUGUUGAGGGGUUAUGCCUUCAACCACUCAGCGGACUUCGAGACUGUGAGGAUGAUGAAGGAGAAGCUGUGUUACGUUGGCUAUAACAUCGAGCAGGAGCAGAAGCUUGCGCUGGAGACCACCGUGCUGGUGGAGUCCUACACGCUUCCGGACGGCCGAGUGAUUAAAGUGGGCGGCGAGCGGUUCGAGGCUCCGGAGGCUCUGUUCCAGCCUCACCUCAUUAACGUGGAGGGAGUGGGUGUGGCUGAACUGCUCUUCAACACCAUCCAAGCCGCCGACAUCGAUACCAGGGCUGAGUUUUACAAACACAUCGUUUUGUCAGGCGGCUCUACGAUGUAUCCGGGUCUGCCGUCUCGUCUGGAGCGGGAGCUCAAGCAGCUCUACCUGGAGAGAGUCCUGAAGGGAGACGUCGACAAGCUUUCGAAGUUUAAGAUCCGCAUCGAGGAUCCUCCACGUCGUAAACACAUGGUGUUUUUGGGCGGUGCGGUGCUAGCCGACAUCAUGAAGGACAAAGACAACUUCUGGAUGACCAGAGAAGAGUACCAGGAGAAGGGCACACGCGUUCUGGAGAAACUGGGGGUCACCGUUAGAUAAAUAAAUCACUCACACACACGCGCACUCACACACACACACACACAACACUGCAUUCACACUCCCAGUCACAGGGUGGCAUCUUGGCAGCGUAUGCAGCACAGAGGUUUCAGCAGAUUAUGAGGAUGAGAAAAAUAUUCAAAUACUUGAAAUUCCUUUGCAAUCCAAAAAAAUGUUUGUACGACAUUCCAAAUGUAAAGAUUCAUAUGACCACUGCACAGAACGAGACAAAAAUUGAAUGAAAUCGAGUGAUUUGCUUGUUUAUGCUGCCAAAAUGAAUCCUCUAACGAUCCUUCAUGUGUAUCACCAUAUCAUGUCCUGUUCUGAGUCCUGUCUGUCUUCUGAGUUCACAUUGACCCUAAUGAAGAGAAAUAUCGCUCAGAAGAGAGUAAGAAACAGGAGGAUGUUGUGUACGUAGAGGGACAAAACAAUAAAAAGAUGUAUUUGUAAGAAAAACUAAGUUUCUUUGGUAAUAAAAUCAA